AUGCAUAGAAUGUGUUACGAAGUACGUUCUGUUAACACAGCAUGGGGAGUAGUAAGAGGAGAGCGAGUACAUCCAAAUGGAGGCGAUUUACCACCAGUAACGCAGUUUCUUGGAGUACCGUAUGGCGUAGCGCCAUCAGGACAGUUUCGCUUUAAUAUGGCUAUAUCAUCAGCAAAAUGGACUCAUUUGCCAAAAGAAGCACGUAAACUCGCUCCAGCAUGUAUCCAAACGCAGCUACCCGAGCUUAGCGAAACGAGAGCUUUUAAGCAGAUGUCGGCUCAAAGGUUCGACUACGUACACCGCUUGCUCCCUAAACUGAAGUUACAAUCCGAAGAUUGCUUGUAUAUGAAUAUUUUCGUGCCGGAAAGGCUAGAAGCAUCGCAACGCCAAUCCUCAUUGCCGGUUCUAGUGGUUGUCCAUGGUGAUGAGUACGGUUGGAAUGCUGGUAGUCCGUAUAAUGGAAGCAUUCUUGCUUCUCAUGGACAGAUUGUCGUUGUUACCCUCAACUACCGUCUGGGAGUAUUCGGGUUUCUUGGACGUUGCGAAUCGUCCUCAUGUUCUGGAAAUAGUGGUAUUUCCGACCUAGUUUCUGCAUUAACUAUGCUCAGCGUAAUAUUACCUCCGUUCGGAGGUGAUUCAAAGGCUGUGACAUUACUUGGAUGGGGUUCGGGAGCCUCGUUGGUGUCUCUUCUGAUGGCAUCACCGUUGACGCAACCUGGUCGUCGUCUAUUCAGGCGGGCGAUUCUUCUUGAUGGUACUGCUCUAGCACCAUGGGCGAUGUCACAGAAUCCGCAACAAUAUUUCGUGCAAGUUGCUGAGAAUCUUGGAUGUCUCUCUCGGAAUCGCUCAUCCGUGUUUAACGACAAUGUGGACACGACACUCCGUUGUAUGCAAGAUCAUCCAGCAGAUAAUGUCACCAAGGCUGUUCAAGCCAUUGAGAUUCCCACAUUCCUUAGCGUUUUCGCUCCUAUUGUUGAUGGACAGCUGAUUCCGAAUUCACCACGAUUAUCGUUCUCGUCUCAGUAUGGAUCAUUGUUUCGCGAGAUUGACCUGCUUGUGGGAUUCUCCUCGAAUCCAGCCCACUAUCUCUUGUCAAACGAAGAUUUGAAAUCGGGACUGUCAAAGGAAAGACGGCAGAAGAUCUUCAGGACACUUGUACGGAACCUGUAUGAAUACCAUCGAUCUGAAUUACUAGCUGCCAUCAUCAACGAGUACACGGACUGGGAAAAUCCUCGGGACCAUCCAAAGUCAAUACGAAAUGGUGUGUUGUCUGUACUGAAUGAUGUUCUAUUCACCGCUCCUCUCAUUGAGACACUUCGUAUGCACAGUGCGGAUGAAAUACGGAGAGGGGCUAACACCUUUAUGUUCGUAUUUGGUCACGAAACCCGUUCGUGGAUGAACGAGCAGCCAAAUUCGGGAUUGAGAGGAUCGUUGACUGGUGAUCAUAUCCCGUAUAUAUUCGGUUACCCUCUUAUCAGUGCAGAUAGAGAAGAGAAGCUCUAUUUCGGAUUCAACGCGGAGGACCGAGGAAUAUCCCAGGUCAUGAUGCAUUACGUGGCAAAUUUCGUAAAAUCAGGCGAUCCAUCCAAGCCGUUACCAAUGUUGAAGUCUUUUCCUAUGGGUGACGCUUUCCACUCGACCGCUUGGCCGCAAUUUGAUCAGCCCAAUAGAGAAGCAUAUCUGGAAAUAACCGAUCGUCCACGUGUGAAAAACUACUAUCGGAAUGCAAGAGUGGGUUUUUGGACAAGUUUAGUCCCUGCACUGCAUUCUUCCGGAAAAGAAGGUGGCGAGGUACCAGAGGAACAUCAUUUGUUGCCGGAUCACUUCAAAAAAGACUCGUUUUUUGGCCGUGUCAAGUCAUUCGUACCAUAUUUGAAUCAUCCUUUUCCUGCACCGCCAUUACCACCAUCACCUCCACCUGAAAAUAUAAGGAAAACUACUACUACCAGUGGUCAGUAUAGUACCAUGUUGUCAGUUACUGUAGCCGUUGGUUGCGGUCUGUUGUUUCUCAACAUUUGUGUGUUUUUCGGCCUUUAUCGUCAGUGCGAUAAAAAUAAACAGUCGAAGAAGAAGCUGCAACUGCAAUAUCAGACUUAUGCUUCUAAUCAAGCUGCAGUUCCUGACCAGUACAAUAGCCUUAAUUCACCGAUCUCACUAAUGCCACCUCCACCGCCGCCAAUUUCUCUGAACACAUCGGCGAUGAACACAGUUCCACCGACACAUGACGAUGUCUUCGAGCGGUCAGCAGUUAGUGCCAGUGACACCGCAUCAAACACAAUUCCUGGUCGUUCAUUUCAGGAGCAGGAACCGUUGCUCUCAGCAUCGCACAAAACUUCUCGUUCCGGAGUGUCACCAUCGUGUCCACGUCAUGGUCGGGCUGUUCUUUCACUCCAUCCUGGACGUGGAAGUCUGGCGUUGAGCGGAAACACUCCGACACUUGAAGAAAUCCAAGUAUAA